CUCUUCCUACUCAUCACAGGUGUUGGGCAAGAUGGCGACCGAUAGCUGCUUGGACUUUCCAACUUGGGCCCUUUUGCCCAAAAAAGAAACCUGUAUCCCCGCAUUUUUAGGAAAAUACCCCGAAUAUGAUGGCAGAGGAGUCAAGAUAGCAAUCUUCGACUCCGGUAUCGAUCCAGGAGCAGCUGGUCUGCAAGUGACAACAGAUGGGAAACCCAAGCUGAUCGACUUCAUGGACGCAUCAGGCGCUGGCGAUGUGGACACUUCGACGGUCGUCGAGACUCAGAACGGGGAGAUUAUGGGGUUAACUGGAAGGAAGCUGAAGAUUCCUUCAUCCUGGACCAAUCCUACAGCCAAGUACCACAUAGGUGUGAAGUGUGCCUACGAGCUCUAUCCCAAGUCUGUAAGGGAUCGUAUGCAGAAAUCUUAUAAGGAAAAGGAAUGGUUGCCUCAUCAUAACAUCACUCUGGCUGAAGCGACACGUCAGCUUGACCGUCACAAUUCUGAACCGCCUGGCAGUAAUAACUUGAAAUUGGAGAAGGAGAGCUGUGAGGCCCAAGUGGAAAUCCUGGGUAACAUGGAAAAGAAGUUUGAAGACUUGGGACCUGUGUACGACUGCAUUGUCUUCCAUGAUGGAGAGAUGUGGAGAGCUGCACUAGAUACCUCAGAGAGGGGUGACUUGGAACAGUGCACGCUCCUCGGACCAUACAGACAAACGUUCAAGUACGGCACCCUUUCCAAAAGUGACUGCUUGCAUUACACAGUGAACAUUUAUUCAGAUGGGAACCUGUUGGAGAUCGUGAGCAUGGUUUCGACUCACGGUACCCACGUAGCAAGCAUAGCAGCUGCGCACUUCCCCGAUCAUCCUGACUUGAACGGAGUUGCUCCGGGGGCGCAGCUGGUGAGCAUCGUCAUUGGCGACAUGCGCAUCGACAGUAUCGAGACUGGGACAGCCCUAUCACGUGCGGUCACUAGAGUUGUGGAAACUGGCUGCCAAGUCAUCAACAUGAGUUAUGGCGAGCACUCGCACUGGGCUGGAGGUCGUGUGAUGGAGCUUCUCCACGAGGUGGUGGACAAACACGGAGCUAUCAUGGUCGUCAGUGCUAGCAACCACGGUCCUGCCCUCUUCACCGUGGGCACUCCACCUACCAUGCCCACAGGAUCCCUCAUAGGUGUAGGUGCAUACGUGUCGCCUGACAUGAUGGUUGCAGAGUAUUCCUUGCGGGAAAAGUUGCCUGGCCUCCCAUAUACUUGGUCGUCACGGGGACCCUGUAUUGAUGGAGCUCUCGGUGUGAGCGUGUGUGCUCCAGGCGGAGCCAUAACAUCGGUGGCCAACUGGACGCUUCGAGGCAGUCAGCUGCUCAAUGGCACCUCCAUGAGCUCUCCCCAUGUUGCUGGAUGUGUUGCAUUGCUGGUAUCUGGCCUGAAACAGAAGGAGGUUCCUUAUUCUCCCUAUAGCGUAAGGAGGGCCAUGGAAAACACAGCACUCAAAGUGUCCACGUGGGAGCCUUUUAGUAUGGGACAUGGCUUAGUACAGGUAGACAAGGCUUUUGAGCACUUGUUAAGCAAUGCCCAGGCACCAGAGCGGGACGUGCGUUUCCAGAUGAGCUACAACAACAACAAGCGAGGGAUCUGCAUCAAGGAGCCUCACCUGAUGAGUCGAUCUACCAACUGUGCUGUCACAGUGGAGCCCAUUUUUGCAAACGAGGAGGACCUCGAGCCCGAGUGUCUGAUCAACUACCAGCAGAACUUGAGUCUCGUCUGUGACGCUCCCUGGGUGACGCAUUCGUCUCUCCUGAGCCUCAUGCACGUGGCACGCAAUGUCUCCAUACGUGUUGACCCAACUGGAUUGCCUCACGGUGUACACUACACGGCUGUGAAGGCAUUGGAUGUUGAAAAGCCAGAAAAGGGUCCAGUUUUUGAGAUCCCCAUCACAGUGAUCAAGCCAAAGACUGUGUCAGCUGAAACUUGUUACGAGUUUGUAGCCAAGAGCGUGACCCUGAAGCCUGGAAUUAUUAACCGGGAAUUCUUGGCCGUUCCUCGGGGUGCAACAUGGGCAUCUAUCACUAUCAAGUCAUGCGAUGUGCAGCAGAGUGCCCACUUGGUGUUGCACGCACUACAACUUAGAAACUCUCUCUCUUGUCGCAACUACGAGACUUUCAAAGGCUUCCAGGUGGCACCACAAGCUGAAGUUACGUACGCCUUUGUGGUUGUGGAAGAUGGAACGCUCGAGGUGUGCCUCUCAAAAUGGUGGUCCAACUUGGGUGAAGUCCUCGUGGACUACCGCAUCACCUUCUACGGAUUAAAACCAGACUCGCAGACAUUUAGUAUGAAUGCAUCGGAUGGCGUGUACCAGUUCGAGGUGCGAUCACACUUGCGGUCAGAAGAUGUGCUGCCUGCUGUCUCGCUAAAACAUCAUGUUAUGGUACUCAGACCAACCGAAUCCAAGAUCCGUCCGCUGGGGGAGCGAGACAUCCUUCCAAAAGGGCGACCUGUAUAUGAAAACCAGUUCACUUACACGUUCACUCUGGCUAAGGCUGCCGAAGUCACACCAAGCUGCCCACUUCUGUCGGAACUACUUUACGAGUCUGAGUAUGAAUCCCAGCUGUGGAUGCUGUUUGACAACAACAAGCGCCUCCUAGCUUCGGGGGAUGCUUAUCCGAGCAGGUACAAUGCCAAACUGGAGAAAGGUGACUACACCAUCAGGCUCCAUGUUCGCCAUGAACAGAGGGCGCUUCUGGAACGUCUCUCUGAGAUGCCAUUGCACGUGUCACAGAAGUUAUCAUCCGCUAUCAACCUGGACGUGUAUGGCAGCCAUGCACAGGCGCUCAUCGGAGGAAAGAAAUUUGCUUCCACCACGGCGCAUCCUGGGGCCUGUGUGCCGGUAUACGUCACACCCUCCCCAUGCGAGAAGCUUCCCAAGGGAUGCAACGUGGGUCAUUUUUUAACGGGCACCAUAACAGUCUGCAAGGAUGAACAGGGCAAGAAAGUGGCCACCUACCCGAUCCAGUAUCACGUUGGAGAACUUCCCAAGAAAAACUCCAAAAGCCCCAGCAACGGAGAAGAAAAAACGCCCCAGCAAGAGAUGGAAGAAGCCGUUCGUGACUUGAGGAUAUCGUGGGUUGCAAAGCUCCAAGGAAAACCAUCUUCUGAUCUGUACGAAGAACUGAAAUCCAGUUGUUCUACUCAGCAUGUGCCUCUACUCCUGGCACGGGCACAGUCUUUAGACUCGGACAAGGAACGCAACCAGCACCUGCGUGAAAUUGUGAGCCUGGCAGAUCAAGUCCUCUCCUCUAUCGGAACCCAAGACCUGCUGGCUUCUAUUGGUGCACGAACAGACAAGAAAGACCAACAAAAUAAUAAGAAUCAGGAGAAGCAAAAGUUGCAGGUCAUUGAAGCCUUGGUGAAGAAAGGAGCGGCCAUGUGUGACCUGCUGCCCGAAGGACACGCAGAUGGGGAAGGAGACGAUGCCGUCGAUGUCCCCACAAUUGCUCACAUCAAUGCAGUGUACCAGGAACUUGUCAAGUGGUGUGACCCCAUUGAUGUCAAGGCUGCGCCAUUUGUGGAGAAGCAUGCCAUGGCCCUGCAGCACUAUGGCCGGGCAUUACGAGUCCUCUUGAAGCUGCUAGAAGACAAGCCAUCCACAGAGAUUGAAAAGCGCAUGGCUAAGGUGUUCAACCUUCUGGGCUGGGAACACUGCACUAAGCACCUGGAACGAAGCACCUAUGUACGAUACCCGACUUCCUAUAGGUUGUUUUAACAAAUGCACGUCCUAGCCAACAAAGAGAAAUCUGCUACUCGGAAGGAUGAGUUUUGCAUCAACUGGGACAAAUCUUUGGUGGUCAUUUCGGACAUCUCUUCCGAGUACUUUGACAAACUUAUACUGUUGUGUCUAAUGGAUAUGUACUAUACUCUUAAAGGCAAUCUUUCUUUUUUUUUUUCAUUGAAACUAUUGAACAAGAUAGCAAAGGAGGCGAAUUGUGUAUGAGAAAUUGAGAGGAAGGGAAAAAAAAGACAAAAACGUUAUAAUUCA